GGACACUUGGAGAUGCCCUAAAGGACACUUGGAGACGUCCAAAAGGACACUUGGAGAUGCCCAAAGGGACACUUGGAGAUGCCCAAAGGGACACUUGGAGAUAUCCAAAGGGACAAAUUGAGAUGCCCAAAAGGACACUUGGAGAUGCCCAAAAGGACACUUGGAGACGCCCAAAAGGACACUUGGAAAUGCCCAAAGUGACACUUGGAGGUGCCCAAAAGGACACUUGGAGAUGCCCAAAAGGACACUUGGAGAUGCCCAAAAGGACACUUGGAGACGCCCAAAGGGACUCUUGGAGAUGCCCAAAAGGACACUUGGAGAUGCCCAAAGGGACACUUGGAGAUGCCCAAAGGGACACUUGGAGAUGCCCAAAAGGACACUUGGAGAUGCCCAAAAGGACACUUGGAGACGCCCAAAGGGACUCUUGGAGAUGCCCAAAAAGACACUUGGAGAUGCCCAAAAGGACACUUGGAGAUGCCCAAAAGGACACUUGGAGACGCCCAAAAGGACACUUGGAAAUGCCCAAAGUGACACUUGGAGGUGCCCAAAAGGACACUUGGAGAUGCCCAAAAGGACACUUGGAGAUGCCCAAAAGGACACUUGAAGAUUUCCCAAAGGGACACUUGAAGAUUUCCCAAAGGGACACUUGGAGAUGCCCAAAAAGACACUGGGAGAUGCCCAAAAGUAUACUUGGAAAUGUCCAAAUGGACACUUGAAGAUGUCCGACAUGUCACUUGCUGAUUCUAAAAGGGCCACUCUAGGAGAUGCCCUAGGAGACACUAGGAUUUACCCAAAAUGACACUUGGUGAUCCCAAAAAAAUAACUGGAAAUGUCCAAUAUGAUACUUGCUGAUGCCAAAAAGGAUACCUGGAGAUACUCAAAGGGACGCUUGGAAAUCUCCUAAAGAACAUGUUUUUUUGUGAAAGUGAGUGAGAAGCAGAGUGAGAAACAUUGUUUUUAGCUUUUCCGGGCUCAACAACCCAAAAACCAGGAACAACACUCACUUUCUGCUUGACCUGCACAACACAAACUUUAGCUUAACAUUUAUUUACAGAAUUAAAAAGUUUUUCAAAGGUAAAACAAAA